AUGGAUUUUAUAUAUCGAAAAUUUUUUGACAAUAAACCAUCUGAGGGCGAAACGCUGACUCAAUUAUUUAAUAAAUGUAAACGGGGGUUUAUAUUCAAUGGAGAUAAACCUAAAAAAGCUGAUAUUAAUGCAUUUGAGGUUGAUAAAUAUGAAAUUAAUCUAACUGAACAUUUUUCUUCAUUCGAAAUAGAAUGUAGCAAUGAAUUGGAGAUUUUUUGCAGCACAAAUUUUAUAUUAGACGGAAAGUUUAAAGCUGGCUUAUCUUGGCUUUCUGUUUUUCUAGGAGUAUCACAUAAUAACGUUGAGCAAAAACUUGUACGUUUUGAAACAUUCGUUAAAUAUUCAUGUAAAAAAUGGGAAAGAGCAGAAGUCAAAAUUCCCAAAUCAUGCAUUAAACCAACUGAGAAAUUUAUUUCAGAUGUAAAAACCGCAUUAAGUAAGGGUACAAAUGAUGAAAAAUUAAAUGCACUUCUGAAAUUAACAGAAACAUAUGGUAGUUUUUAUACAUGUCGUCUUGUUUUUGGUAAAGCUGAAAUCAAUGAAAUAAUUUCUGAGAAUAGUUCAAGUGAAAGUUCAAAAACAAAUGUAACUGAAGUUACGGCCGGAAUCGAAUCUGGUUUGCAUGUUAAUGCAAGUACUACUGUUAGAACUGAGAAUAAUAGAAGGAAUCGUUGUGAUAAUAAAUUUUCGAAAAGUAAAAGUCUAGUUAUUGGCAAUGAUGAUUUAAGCAAUUAUGCUAAAUGGGAUAUAAUUGCAUAUGAUGAGAUUUAUUUGAUUUUUGAUCUUCUGGAAAAUGACUAUUCCGACUUACGGAAAGAAAUUUUAGAUAUUUUGGGUCAACGAAUAUUAUCAGCAGGCGUUAGUGACAUCAUUGAAUAUGAUUUCGCAACACCAUUUAUUUAUCCGUUGGAAACAAAACUAACAAAAGUAGAAGACAUCCAUAAAUGCCAUAUUUUUGCAUCAAUCAUGAAUGAGAACGCCAAGACUGCAUUAUCUUUGCGCGUUGAGUAUGAAGACGAAUAUACCCCCAUAAUCGUUGUUCAUCUAAUCCAACAUAAAUAUAAAAAGAAACUUUCAUUUUUUAGACAAAAAAAAAAUACAUUUUCAUUUAAACUUGGUUGGAUUAUUGUUGGUCAACCAAAGAAUUUCGAUUUCGAUUUGACAGAAUCUUCUUAUCCAGUAAUUCUUAGAAGUUAUACACUCUCAAAUCUUAAAAUGGAGAAUAAUCGUAUACGGAUUUCCUUUGAUAAAAUUCCAAAACUUCAUGAACAAAAACUUAAAGAAACUUGUAUCUUAAGCACAUGUGUAUUAAAAUUAACUUCAGAAAAUGAAAGUUCAAAGCAAAUAAUUAUUGGCGCACAUGUUUCACCUUCUAUUCAUUCUGUUUGUUUGUUUGCUUAUAAUCAUGAUAGUGAAAUGAAUUGUGUAGAUGAAAAUAUUUUGCAAAAUUUAUCUUUAUAUUUUUGCACUGUUGAUGUAAACAAUUCUCACAAAACUUUCGAAUUUGGUCAAACAAUCGUUAAAUGGCGUCAGAGCCAUAAACAACCAAAUAUGUUUUAUGGAUGUGAGGAUCCAUGUGAUAAGAAUAUUUUCCCCGGAAAUGAGAAAAACAUUCUUUCCUCCUUUUUGGCGAACUCCUACGAACAAGGCAGAGUCUAUGGAAAUCAAAUAAUAUUGGUGAACCAACUUGUUGAUUGUUCUACAAAUUGCGAGCAUGGUUCAGUUAAUGUAAAUCUUAAUGAAGUCAUUUUUGGGUCAUUCAAGUCGGAAUGUAUGAAGUGCAACAUUGUAAAAAUUGCAUAUAUGAUAGUUACUCCAAAAAAGUAA